CGGCUGACAUUCGGGGUGAACAGAAGAGGGGCUCGGCGCCCCCCGCGCGCACAUGUGCUAACCCAGGCAGGAGGGAGCGCCUUGGCGGAGGAGGCAAGGAAGAGGGGAGGGAGAGGCGCGCCAGAAUCUCGGUCCCGGGCGCCCUGGUCGGCCGCGGAGGAGCUGCAGCCUCCAACAGGAAGUUGGGCAUCUCUGACAUGCUCUCUGCUCUGCUCACUGACUGAAGGCUCCUGCAUUCCAGCUUAGCCAGGAAGCAAAGGUUGAAACAUCUCCCCAGGCCAGGCCAGGCCAGGGCUCUGCAUGCGAAUUCAGCCCUUGGCUAGGGCACAUUAACCAGAGCCGGCAGCAUGGACUUCGUCAUGAAGCAGGCCCUCGGAGGGGCCACCAAGGACAUGGGGAAGAUGCUGGGGGGAGAGGAGGAAAAGGACCCCGAUGCACAGAAGAAGGAGGAGGAGCGGCAGGAGGCGCUGAGGCAGCAGGAGGAAGAGCGCAAAGCCAAACAUGCGCGCAUGGAGGCUGAGCGCGAGAAGGUCCGGCAGCAGAUCCGCGACAAGUAUGGGCUGAAGAAGAAGGAGGAGAAAGAGGCAGAGGAGAAGGCAGCCCUUGAACAGCCCUGUGAGGGGAGCCUGACCCGGCCCAAGAAGGCUAUCCCUGCAGGCUGCGGGGAUGAGGACGAGGAGGAAGAAGAGAGCAUCCUGGACACGGUGCUCAAAUACCUGCCUGGACCACUGCAAGACAUGUUCAAGAAGUAACCAGCCCUCCUGCCCCAUUCCCUCUCCACUUGUUACUUUUUUAUUUUAUUUUAAUUUAUUUUGKUCUUUCUUUUCUUUUUAUUCAGUUAAGUCUCAAUUCUGAAGGGGAAAACCUCAGUUGGCCUCUGCCCCCCUUCCCUGGCCAGGGGCUCCUCCCCCUCAGCCCUCCCUUAUACCCACCUUCAUCCCAGGGUAGCCAUUC